AUGGCGGGCUCUUCCAAAUGGGCGUGGUCCAAGAGCACCCGCAUCAAGGUCAUGCUCGUCAUCGACACGGCCUUUUUCCUCCUCGAGCUCAUCGCCGGCUUCCUCGCCCACUCCCUCGCACUGACUGCCGAUGCUUUCCACAUGCUAAACGACAUCAUUUCGCUCUUCAUCGGCUUGUGGGCUGUCGUCGCCGCGCAAAAGGAGACGACGGACGAGUUCACAUUCGGGUGGGUGCGUGCCGAGAUCCUCGGUGCCUUCUUCAACGCCGUCUUCCUCAUUGCCCUCUGCGUCUCCAUCGUUCUCGAGGCCCUCACCCGCUUCGUCGAGCCCCCCGAGAUCAAGAACCCGCGCCUCAUCCUCAUCGUCGGCUGCGCCGGCCUCUUUUCCAACUUGCUCGGCUUCGUUGUUCUCGGAGGCCACGGACAUUCUCACGAUCACGACCAUGAUCACGACCAUGAAGAGGGCCACGGCCACCGUCACCAGCACGACCACGGCCAUGAUGUGGAGCAGGGUACACUGAGAACAGAUGUUGCAAACGAGGAUGGCCCCGUCAACGACGUCCUGCCCGAGGUCGUUGUCAGGCGAGCCACCAAUGCCGGCCCUGACCGAUCCGGGUCCGACAAUCCCGACAGUGCCCGCCGCAUUCGAUUCGGAGCCGACACCGCGGGCCACGACGAGUCCAACGCAAAGAGCAGCCGCUCAUCUGCCCAGCCCAGAGGCCGCCGCCGCCGACAGUCCAGUAAGAGCGGGCAUUCGCGCUUCGCCAGCAUCGAGGACAUGAGCAUCCACCCGGCCAGCUUUCGGCAGGAUAUCAUCGCCGCCAGCCUCGCCGCCUCUUCGUCCAACCAGGGCCAGACGGCUGAGAGCGACACGGGCGACGAGUCUCCUGUGGCAGACUCGGAGACCGAGGCGAAUGAAGAGUCGCCUCUCCUCGCGUGCGCCAAGGGUGACCACGGGACCGUCAACGAUAAGUCGCGCUGCACCUCGGUCCCCAAGAAGCGCCGCUCCCGCCGAGAUUCGAGCGUCCACGACGGCCACAACCACACGCUACCCCGCAAGCCCGGCUCCAAGGCCAGCGGCCACAACCACGCCGACAUGGGCAUGAAUGCCAUGAUGCUCCACGUCCUCGGCGACGCGCUCGGCAACGUGGGAGUUAUCAUCACGGCCCUCAUCAUCUGGCUCACCGACUGGCCGGGCAGGGUCUAUGCCGAUCCCGCCGUCUCCCUCGUCAUCACGGCCAUCAUCCUCAAGACGUCCAUCCCCCUCACCAUGGCCACGGCCAGGGUCCUUCUGCAGGCAACGCCCGAGAACAUCAGCAUCCAGGAGAUCCGCCAGGAUAUUGAGAGGCUGCCCGGCGUCGUCAGCUGCCACCACAUCCACGUCUGGCAGCUCUCCGACACAAAGGUGGUGGCCAGCCUGCACCUCCAAGUGUCGUUCCCCAUCAACUCGCACAGCGGUGAAAAGUACAUGCAGCUGGCCAAGCGGGCCCGCAAGUGCCUUCACGGCUACGGCAUCCACAGCGCCACCAUCCAGCCCGAGUUCUGCCUCGACCAGACGCACCAGCACGACCGAGACGCCGCGGCCCUUGCGCUGGACGGGCCCGUCGUCAACACUGGCGACAGCGCCUGCCUCCUGGCGUGCGUCGACGACUGCAAGGCGCAGGGGUGCUGUCCCACGCAAGACGCCUCGUCGCAGCCUUCGACUCGCCGAGGUAGUGACUCAUCGCAGGCCGGGGCCGCCGGUCCUCGUCAGCAGUCUUAG